CGUGCGUAAACAAACCGAAUCGCUUGGUGGGAGGACUGCCGCCGAGAUAAGGACGCGCCGUAAUCUUUGAGCGCGACGAAUCGGAUAUUGCGUCGUCCCGUGUUGUACAACUCACUGUGGUUGUGUACACACUACUGCCCGCCGCCCAUGCUUCGUGCGCUAGCGACCUUCUUAACCAGUGCUGUGGGCCGGGUGAAUGGGUGAUAGUCAAUAAUAAGCGGUCGACCGACGGACGAAACCUUUCGCGCGCGCCGUUAAUCGCCCAUAGUGCACACAAUAGUAUUAUACACUAUAUAUUAUGUACUAUAUUUUGUUUGUUUCGCCGUAGUUGUCAGUUUUCCACGACGACGCGUCCCCGACUUGUAAGCCUGCUGCUCGCACCCGAACCCGUGCAUAGGGUAGGGCGAUCAUUGAUUAUUCGCAAUAUUAAUAGGACUUGGACGUUUCGGCGGUAUUAGCUGCGCGGAAUUACUUUCGACGGUCGUGCUGUUCUCUAAAAUAUAACAUGAUGAAGUUUGGAAGCAAAAACUCCGCCAAUACACCAAUCAAGUGUACCAUCCGCCUGUUGGACGACAAUCAGUUGUUGUACAGUGAAUUUCAGAUAAAUGAAAAGGGGAGUAGUUUGAUAAGUCGUAUUUGUGAACAAUUGGAUUUAAUUGAAAAAGAUUAUUUUGGUCUACGUUAUGUUGAUAGCAAACGUCAAAGGCAUUGGCUAGAACCAUCUAAAUCAAUUUUUAAACAAAUCAGAGAUAUGGAAGCAGACAAUAUAUUAUUUAGCUUCCGCGUCAAAUUUUAUCCACCAAAUCCAUUUCGUUUAAAAGAAGAUAUUACUCGUUACCAAAUUUAUCUUCAGUUAAAAAGGGAUUUAUUACAUGGUCGACUUUACUGUAACACAUCGGAAGCUGCUCUGCUAGGAGCUUAUAUACUACAAGCUGAACUUGGAGAUUUCAAUCCAGAAGAACAUAUUGAUAAUUAUGUAAAUGAAUUAAAAAUACUAUUGAAACAAACAUUACAGUUAGAGGAAAAAAUAAUGGAUAUUCAUAAAAAUGAAUUGAAAGGAAAAACUGCCGCUGAAAUGGAAACAAUUUUUUUGAAAAAAGCGUGUAUCUUGGAUACAUAUGGAGUUGAUCCUCAUGCUGUUAAGGAUCAAAGAGGUAAUCAACUUUAUUUGGGAAUUAAUCAUACUGGCAUACUUACAUUCCAAGGUAGUAAGAAAAUGAACCACUUUAGCUGGUCGCAAGUUCAAAAAAUUAACUUUGAGGGUAAAAUGUUCAUCAUUCAUAUCAUUCUUAAUGAGGAUCAGAGAAUCAAGAAAAAGCAAACUAUUGGUUUUAAAUGUCCUAGAGGUUCUUCAUGUCGUCAUGUAUGGAAAUGUGCUGUUGAACAAAUGUUGUUUUUCACAUUUCCUUCAAGCUCUGAUGUUCCUAAUGUAGUUUCUGGUGGAGGCUUUUUUUCGUGGGGUACCAAAUUUAAAUAUAGUGGACGUGUUGAACGGGAAAUAUUAGAAGAUAUGUCAAUUACCAGAGAAUCUCCAUCUGUAACCCGUGUUGGUAGUCUUAGAAGAAAAUCAUCAAGUGAACCUCCUACUCCUUCUAAUCUUGUUAUUAAUCAAGUUGCAGGAUUUAAUAGCCUUCCACGUUCAUUAACAAACACAAGUGAAGAAUAUAAUACUUCAAUAGAUUCUUCCAAUCAAAUUGAUAAUUCUUCAGUUUUAGAGACUUUAUUAGAAGACCAGGAGAUCAUGACAUCUAAAAUUGAGCAAGAGGUCCAUCAUGAAGAAAUCUUGAAUGAUCAUUUACUGAUUGACUUUACUACAAUGGGAACAGACGGUUCACCAUUAAUCCAAUCUAUUUCGAAUCAGCAGUCUGGUCAAAAACAUUUAGAGACUACAGCAAUUCGAAACAGUGAAUCAAGCUUGUCAUUCUUGCGACAGACUUUGCUACCAGUUAUAUUUGCAUUGUUUAUGAUGGUUUUGAUUAUAAUAAUUAUUCUAGAAUCUGAUUUUGAUGUUAUUGCUACCAUCAGAAAAGCUCCAGAAAUUGCUGCUUUCAAGAAAAAUUAUUACGAACCUAGUAAAGACUUUUUACUGCGGCGUUUUAUCAGGUCAAAGAUAUUUUAGUAAUUUAAUACUACUUGUUCAAUCACUUUUUAUAAUAGUUUUACACUUUAGAGUAAGAUACAUGAAAAUGUAUAUAAAACUAAGUUCAAGGUGAUGGAGUUUAUUAGGUACCUAUUUGACAUUGUAACUUACCAUUAAAUAUCUAUUGCCGGGUUGCAUAAACAAUCAUUAAACAUUUAAUGAAUAAUAAGUUAUUGGUCCCUUAAAAAUAAUUUAGUUGCCUCUUGAUUGGUUCAUUCAAUUUUGGGGAACCAUUCAAUUAUUUCAUUUUUUGUGCAACCUGUCAUUUGUGUGCUCAACAUUUUAAUGACAUAAUUAUCAAGAAUUUGAUCAAAUAAUAGGAUUUAUGGUUUUUUUUACAAAAAUAAUUCACUUAAAUUUAUGCAUUUAUCUAAUCUAAUCGUCCCAAUGAAAUUUGUGGUUUUCUAAUGAUUUUGAGCUUUUACAAUUUUAAAUAUCUUAACAUUUUGUGUUUUGAUGUUAAUUUAUGUGUUUAUGUGUUAUACCAAUUCAUAAGUUUUCUGUGCUAAAGGUGCCACUGACUUUUACAUAUACCAAUAAAUACGAAUUUUUUGUAAAUAAUACAUUUUGGUGUUAGUACUAUAUGAAAUAUUGGUGCUUAAAUGUUUAACAAGUAACACGGUGGUUGACGCUAAGAGGUGCCACUACAUAUUUCAGCUGAAUUAUCACAGAUUAAAAUAGGUUUUUCUAGAGAUUAAAGGGUGUACUGAAAUAAAAAUACUGAGUAAAUGUUUUCGAUUAGGUAAAUGUAAUACCUACAACUAACUUUUUUCAUGUUAUAAAAUUUACAAAAACUAACACAACAAAAAAUGUUUUCAUUUUUUUUACUUUAAUAUUACAGACAAAAAACAUACUAUUACAAACUGACAGUAUGAACAGAUGAAUUACUUAAUUGUAUAUUUAUGAUUAUGUGUGUAGAAUGUCAUGAAUGUCUCGUGUAUCAAAUGAUCAUGGUUAAAAUAUAACUGAAAUUCUGAUGAUAAGUAAAUUUCAACUUACUCUAACUCUGUCAAUUUUGUUAUUAUAAAAACAUUGUAAUACAAUUGAUACAAUUGAUUUUUAAAAAGGUAUUCUAGCUGAAUUAUUUAGUGGUGGUACCUUUGCGUGAACAUACUGUAAAGUGUAUAGUGUAUAGUAUGUUCCAGAAAUACUUACCGUCAUAAAAUGAUCCGCAUUGAACAAACGUAUUUUCAUAUACUAAUUUUGGAUAUUUAUAAACAAAUAAUAAACGAUACAUACAAUCAUUUAUAUUCAAAAUACAUUUUUUGAAUAUACUUAAUACUAACUCCUACUUAUGUAUUUCCUACUCAUGUAUUUACUACUAGUUCACCGUGUAAUUUAAUAAAUUAGGUAAAAUUAAAUUGCUUUAUGGCAGAAUUUUUUUUUUACGUCUUACUAUUUUCUUUUAAUAUAUACUCUAUUGGUGAAAUUUCUAGAAAUAGGUUUAUUCAACAUUUGUUCAAUUAAUUUGUACAUUCAUUUGUAGUGUAAGUUGAUUGUGGUAUAAAAUGCUAGUCAUUUUUUAGGUAAGAUGACCUAACUCCAAUAUGUAAGAUUAUUAUAUAUUUGUAGCUUUCUUUUUACUCCAUUUUUAACUACUAUAGUUAACAGUGUAAUUCCUAAUUACAGAAUUUUAUUGAAUAGUAGUAGUGGAAGAUUUGUCAGGUUUAACUUCACAUUAAUUAACUUAACAUCUCAAUAACAUACAUUUCUUCCAGCUCUAGUAAUUUCAAUUGUAUUGAUUUUUUUUAAUGUAAUUUUAUAAUUACAUUUGAAUGUAAUUUUAUAAUUACAUUUGAAUGUAAUUUCAAAACAUAGAAUUGGCAGCAAGUACAUUUUAGUAUUUCUUCAAAUGAUAAUUAUAUUUAAAUCUAACAUAUUAAAAAUUAACUGUUAAUAAUUAUUUUUAUUUCCAAUUUAUGUUAAAUUAUAUUUUUAGUACUUUGUCUUUAAUUGUAUAUUUGGAAAUAUAAAUCAGGUGUUGGGUUUAAGUAGUAGUUGUUAAAUUAAGGGUUUUUGCUCAUACAAUCUUAGAAUUUUGGUGUUAAGGAUGUGUAUAAUUUUAACUUAUUAUAAUUAUUAUAUUCUAAUUUCCAUCUAAAAUCUACAUAUCACCUGUCAUUCAGUCCGGCCGAUUUGAUAUACUAUUGACUAUUAUAAUCUAGUUACCAAACAUUCCAACAUUACUAUAAACAUGAUCUCCAAAAACCAAAAUCUAACAAAAAAAACUAAAUGGUGAACAUCAAAAUGUUGUGUUUAAAAUUUUAUUAUUCAUUGAAUACAAUUUAUAACUAACACAACACAUAUUAUUAUUAUUAUUAUUAUUAUUAUUGAUAUAAACCACUAUUUUUCUACAUUUUUGUACUUAAAAUUCUUUUGAUGGCUUUGUUAUUUAUCAUGAUUUUAUUUUUGUUUUAUAUAAUAAUAUUAUUGAUGUGCAAUUUUUAUAUUAUGUAUUUUCUAACUUCAAAUUUUGAAUCUAUAUAUGUAUCAAAUACCACAGUAGUUAGGCUUAUAAAUUCAAUAAUGUUAUAUAUUAUAUUAUAUUAUAUUCCUAUUUAAUAAAAAGGAAUGUACUUAGGUAUAAGUUAUAUUCCUAGAAUUACAUAACAUUCCAAUAACGAACUAUAUAUUAUGUUCAUCUAUGGUUGGAGAGAGCUGAAGCUUUUAUAAUUUGUAAAUAGAUUAUUUAUAAAAUGACUACUGUAACAAAAACUAUUAUUGCCCCUACUAAUAGCUUAAAUUUGAUGUACUUAAUUUUAAACUUUUAGCCUUCUACAGAGUUGUAUUUUCCAAACAUAAUUGUUUACCCAAAAUUUACCAACAUCUAGUAAUGUAGUUUGGUAUGUCAAAUAAAAGUAAUAUUAAAUUACAUGUUGUAAGAUCCUUCGCUCUAUUCCGACCAUUUAAUCGAAAAACUGUGUUAUUCUAGUCCUAAAUACUUUGAAACUAAUUGUGUUUAUUCACUAAGAUAAUAUUACAUUGUUGUACUUAAGUAUGCUUACCAAUACAAUUGUUUGAAGAAAAAAAAUAUAUAAAAACGCUAUUUAUUAUGCUGCAAGA